AGUUGGGUAAUUACGUAGCUUAUUAAUUUCGCGACCGUCUCGUUGACUCUCUGUAACCGUACUACAUAUAUUUACAAACGGAACGAGAUCGUUCAGGAAUAGAUUUUUCGAAAGAAACCAUUAAUAAUAUCUGGUGAGCGUCGUGGAAAUACGCGUUGUCGUGAUUUUUCGAUUAUUAACGCAAACUCCAUGGUAAACGUAAUUGGCAACGAACGAGAUUUAUUUUUAACGUUUUCCCUGUCCGAAUCGCGAUCUCGUAAUCGCCGUUAACCUUCCUCCGUGUUUAUAUCUCCGGUCGUAAGAUCCACGGAAAUCAGUGUCCGGUGAUUCGAAGAGUUUCGUAGUCGAAAGUGUGACUGUUUGGAAUUAUUUAUCGUUUAAUUGUUCUAAUUCGGAUUCGUAGCUCGAGGGAAUAAAAUUCGUAGUGUUUUUCGGGUAAAAUUUAUUGUCGAUACCCAUAGUAAUAUGACGGACGUCGUGAGACCUGCGUCGCCGAUCGCACCGGUUCGUUUGGCGACUAUUCAAAAACACGCACGCUGGGAGCAAUACAUCAAUGCCCUGCUGGCAGACCUGCAAAAUACCGUGUCCUCGGAAGGAAAUCAUGUUGGUAGUAACGCGACUCCUGGUUAUGGAUCAUUAAACGGCGCACGAACGACUCCAUACAGGUCGUACGAUAAUCGAACUUCACCUCUGCCGCCUCAAUCGCCGACUUACCAGAAUCGCGAAGCUAUAGAGGAGACCAUUGCUAAAAGCAGCAGCAGCAGCGGCGGAGGCGGCGGGAAAAUGCCUUCGUUGAACAACAACCUAUCGGAACUGGACACCUUGUUGCAAGAUCUGAGCAACGCGCGCUACAAUGCGGAUUAUCAGGAAAGGGAGAAUCGCGUGUCCUCGGGAGGAAUGAAUGGAGACUCGAAUCCGAUGCUUCGUUCUCCGAGUAGCAUGUCAACCUCGAGGCCCACCGUGGACUCGUUGCUCGAGGAGCUAAGUACUGCGGUGCCAAACGGAGAUUACCCUCUCGAUGGAAGAGUUAAGGUUACGAUUCAGGAAACGUCCACGGAGAUCCAACCGGUGUACGAUGGUUAUCCCACGAGACAGCACGGAUCGUUGAAUCGCGGCGAUACGCAAAAAGGCUACACCAACGGCCACACGGCAAGCAACGCUACCAAGGAGCUUGACGACCUGAUGGCCUCUUUGUCCGAGUUUAAGAUAAAUAGCGGUUCCCAUCAACAUCAAACGGUAACCGACUCGCCGUACGCGAAGCCCAACAAGGCCACCAAGAGCUCCCAGAGUCCGCUACCUCCCGAGGGCACGCAGACGCGUAUCCACAUUACAGAGACCCACACCACCCACCAUUAUCAACAGCAACUCGGAGAGCCUUAUCCACCGCCGCCAGCAGCCACUCAGACCAAACAGAAUCAAUUGGAUUCUAUGCUAGGGAACCUCCAGGCAGACAUGAGUCGUCAAGGUGUAAACACCACUCAGAAGGGAUGCUGCAGCGCCUGCGAGAAACCCAUCGUGGGACAAGUGAUCACCGCUUUGGGGAAAACAUGGCACCCCGAGCACUUUACGUGUACCCACUGCAACCAGGAGUUGGGAACGCGGAACUUCUUCGAGAGGGAGGGUCAACCUUACUGCGAGUCCGACUAUCACAAUCUGUUCUCGCCUCGUUGCGCCUACUGCAACGGCCCCAUUCUGGACAAAUGCGUCACCGCUCUGGAGAAAACUUGGCACACGGAACACUUCUUCUGCGCCCAGUGCGGCAAACAAUUCGGCGAGGAAGGGUUCCACGAACGGGACGGUAAGCCGUACUGCAGGGAAGACUAUUUUGAUAUGUUCGCGCCGAAGUGCGGCGGCUGCGAGCGCGCCAUCAUGGAAAAUUAUAUAUCCGCCUUGAACAGCCAAUGGCACCCCGACUGUUUCGUCUGCAGGGAUUGUAGACAAAAGUUCCAAGGUGGCUCGUUCUUCGACCACGAAGGCCUACCCUACUGCGAAACCCAUUAUCAUGCGAAGAGGGGAUCCCUGUGCGCGGGAUGUCAUAAGCCAAUUACAGGUCGUUGUAUAACCGCGAUGUUCCGUAAGUUCCAUCCAGAGCAUUUUGUGUGCGCGUUCUGUUUGAAACAAUUGAACAAGGGUACUUUUAAGGAACAAAACGACAAACCGUAUUGUCACGGAUGUUUUGACAAGCUGUUUGGUUAAGAUUUACCGGAAAGUAUUCGUAUUUGUAAUAUAAUAAUAAAUAACAAGCUGUUUCGCUCGGUACCGUUUACGAUAUCUAUAGGCUGGUCCGUGUUGCGUCCACGCGAACAGGACACGUGUAAUGGAUUUGGUCGUACAAAAUGUACUUCACGAUAUACACUUGUCAUUGACGUUUGAAAGUGGCGCUACCGUUCAAUUAAUAUGUCUACGUAUUGUUAUGUAUUCUUAUCGUAUGGAUAGGUGAUAGGAUAUUCGCAGUCAUAGGUAUCAUCUUCCCUUCUCUUUGAUAAGAGCUUGCUAAUAUUUUCACGAGUAUUUUAUAUCGCGUUCAGUGGCUAACGAAGCUUGAUGCAUAAAACUGAUAAUAUCCGUGUCGAAUUAACACUUUUAUUCCCCGUUUAUGGUACGUAUUCGUAAUAAAUUUGUACCAUGGUUAAAUUGUUUUUGAUUUUACUAAUACGAUCGUGGAACUUACCCCUUACUAUUUUAAACACUUUGGUUUAACAUAGAUGUUUGAUGUACUAAAAAUCAUAAUCGUUAGCCACUGUGUAUUUUAUAUCGACCGUUUCAUCUCCAACAGUUGAUAAAAGGUGCUAUUUAGUAGAUCGUUUACUAAUAACGUGUCCGUUAAGGAUAAGGCUCGAACGAAACAGCUGCCAUUUGAAAUCCAUAAUGAUGAUAAUAAAUAACCGCAGUUCUUACGUUACAUUUGAUACGUGUUUAUAGAAUAUUUAUAUUUCCAACUACAACACGUUGAGAAGUUCAACCUUAAAAUCAAAUUCAAAUAAUUAUUUACCGAGUCUAAAAUAAUCAAAAACAAAAUAUUUCACAAGUACAUAAUGUAGGAGCAGUAGAAAUAUUAAACAAAGGAUCCGUAAUUUCUCCCGAGUUCCCCCCAAUGGUGGUGUAUAAAUGAAAACCAAACAAAUGAAAUUUAGCUUUUAGUUUUAUUCGGCAUACUGUUGCACAGCAAUACUCCAGUUGUUACUAAUAAACAUUUAAUAAAUAUUAUAUACAUGAACAUUCGAUCGUUGCGAAUAAACAUAUCUAUAAAAUUUCUAAGACGAAGUAAAAAAAAAAGAACAAUGGGUGUUAUUUUUUUUUUUAAAUAAACUUAAUUUUACGAAUA